AUGGAAGAGUUUGUUGGCAAUCUAACUCUGCUCGGGAAUAUAAUCACAAAUCAAUCGAGUCGAGGAGGCGGCCACAAUCGAAGUCUCAUCGGGAGUACUCUUUCAGCAGCCACUGGCUUCGCAACUCGGCUGGCUGCUCUCUGGGUGCCAUCCCAACCUGCGAAGAACAGUAACCGAGCCAGCUGGGAGCCCACCAUCGCCAUGGACGGAGCCCAGUCCCAUGGGAAAGAUCAUCAGCAUCAUCAUCCAGAUAUCCCGAUCAACAAAUCCAGCGGAGACAAGCAUCUCACCAGAACCACAGCAACACGCUGCUGUACCAGUCUCAUCCAAAACUAUCCAGAGGACUCGGCAACGGCUGGGAGCGAGGACUCAUCUGGCUAUCUCAAUAACAGCCAGGCCUCCUCGGCUGGCCGCACUCCCUUAAAGCCCCGGCACAAACAGCCCUAA